AUGGGAUCCGACAUCAUGGCUGCAGCCAGAAAGUUCAGUCGGCUCAUUUUUUUAUUCAGGUACUACUGUAUUCGCUUCGUAUAUCGAUUGAAUUCCGAGGUGGAAGCACUUACUGUUACCCUUGUGGUUACGCUGAGGAAGUUCCUCUCGCUGGUUGUUUCCAUUUGGUGGUUCCAAAAUCCUUUUACUGUUCGCACUGCAAACCCACGCAGUUCAGGAUAUCUAGAACGUCCGAUUUGCAAAGGCUACCUUUUAGGGCAACACUGGAUAGGGGCGUUCCUUGUUUUCGCUGGCACCUUGGCAUUCGCUGAUAUAUGGAGCAAAAAGGAACUAGAGAAGAAAAAGGUCUAGAA